ACGUGACUGGGUGGGCCCAGAGAUUGUACUAUCUCUUCCUCUCCACGCGGUUGAGGAGUUCGGUCGGCCUAGUUAGUGUGUGCCGAGUGAUGCCGGGAAAACUCAGUGACAGCGGUUUGGAAUCAGAUACGACCAUGGGGAAAGUGAAGACACUGCGAAAGCAAAAUGAGAAGAAAGGUAAAAAGGAGAAACCUAAGGUCAGUAAGACCGAAGAGUCAGUAGAAGAAAAGGAAGAAACUAUAUCCCCUAAAGCUAAAAAAGUAAAAAAGAAAGCGGAUCCUACUGAAGUUGACAUGAGUUCUCCUAAAUCCAAAAAGACAAAAAAAGAAGAGGAGCCACUUCAAGGUGACAUUAUUUCUCCUAAAACCAAAAGUUCGAAAAAGAAAAAGGAGCCUUCUGCAAAGGAAAUCGCUUCUCCUAAAACCAAAAAAGUAAUAAAAAGCGAGGAGCCCCCUGAAGAAGAAAUAGAUGCUCCUAAGCCCAAGAAAUUGAAGAAAGAGGCAGAAGUGAAUGGAGACAUUGGAGAAAAAAGUCCCAAACUGAAGAAUGGAUUUGCUCCUUCUGAUCCUUACUCAAACUCCAAUGAAGCUGCUAGUGAAGAAAGUAACAGUGAGGCAGAGCAGGAAAUAUCUGUGGAACAAAAAGAAGGUGCUUUCUCAAAUUUUCCCAUAUCUGAAGAGACUAUUAAGCUUCUCAAAGGCCGUGGGGUGACCUUCCUGUUUCCUAUACAAGCAAAGACAUUCCACCAUGUCUAUAGUGGGAAGGACUUAAUUGCACAGGCACGGACAGGAACUGGGAAGACAUUUUCCUUUGCCAUCCCUCUGAUUGAGAAACUUCAGGGAGAAAUGCAAGACAAGAAGAGAGGCCGUUCCCCUCAGGUACUGGUUCUUACUCCUACAAGAGAGUUGGCAAGUCAAGUAAGCAGAGACUUCAGUGACAUCACAAAGAAACUAUCAGUGGCUUGUUUUUAUGGUGGAACUCCAUAUGGAGGUCAAAUUGAACGCAUGCGGAAUGGGAUUGAUAUCCUGGUUGGGACGCCAGGUCGUAUCAAAGACCACCUACAGAAUGGAAAGCUCGAUCUCACCAAGCUUAAGCAUGUUGUCCUAGAUGAAGUUGACCAGAUGUUGGAUAUGGGUUUUGCGGAUCAAGUGGAAGAAAUUUUAUGUGUGGCCUACAAGAAAGAUUCUGAAGACAAUCCCCAAACAUUGCUUUUUUCUGCAACUUGCCCUCAUUGGGUAUUUAAUGUUGCUAAGAAAUACAUGAAACCUUCAUAUGAACAGGUGGACCUGAUUGGUAAAAAGACUCAGAAAACUGCAAUAACUGUGGAGCAUCUGGCUAUCAAGUGCCAUUGGACUCAGAGGGCAGCGGUUAUUGGGGAUGUGAUCCGAGUGUACAGUGGCCAUCAAGGGCGUACCAUCAUCUUCUGUGAAACCAAGAAAGAGGCCCAGGAGCUCUCGCAGAACACUUCUAUAAAGCAGGAUGCCCAGUCACUACAUGGAGACAUUCCACAGAAACAGAGAGAAAUCACGCUGAAAGGUUUUAGAAAUGGUAAUUUUGGAGUUUUGGUGGCAACUAAUGUUGCUGCACGUGGACUAGACAUCCCUGAGGUUGAUUUGGUUGUACAAUGCUCUCCACCAAAGGAUGUAGAGUCCUACAUUCAUCGCUCUGGAAGAACCGGUAGAGCUGGAAGGACAGGGGUUUGCAUCUGCUUUUAUCAACACAAGGAAGAAUAUCAGUUAGCACUAGUGGAGCAAAAAGCGGGAAUUAAAUUUAAGCGAAUAGGUGUUCCUUCUGCAACAGAAAUAAUAAAAGCUUCCAGCAAAGAUGCAAUUAGGCUUCUGGAUUCUGUGCCUCCCACUGCCAUUAGUCACUUCAAGCAGUCAGCCGAGAAGCUGAUUGAGGAGAAGGGGGCCGUAGAAGCUCUGGCAGCAGCACUGGCCCAUAUUUCAGGUGCCACGUCAGUAGACCAGCGCUCGUUGAUCAACUCAAAUGUGGGUUUUGUGACUAUGAUCUUGCGGUGUUCAAUCGAAAUGCCAAACAUUAGUUAUGCUUGGAAAGAACUUAAGGAGCAGCUGGGUGAGGAUGUUGAUUCCAAAGUGAAGGGAAUGGUCUUUCUCAAAGGAAAGCUGGGUGUUUGCUUUGAUGUCCCUACUGCAGCAGUAACAGAAAUACAGGAGAAAUGGCAUGAUUCAAGACGCUGGCAACUCUCUGUGGCCACAGAACAACCAGAGAUGGAAGGACCCCGGGAAGGACCUCGAGGCUUCAGGGGUCAACGUGAAGGAAACAGAAACUUCAGGGGUCAGCGUGAAGGAAACAGAAACUUCAGGGGACAGCGAUCAGGAGGUGGCAACAGAAAUAACAGAUUCCAAAACAAAGGCCAAAAACGGAGUUUUAAUAAAGCAUUUGGUAAAUAAUUAGAAGUAGAGGAUUUAUAUGGCAAAAAUAGAACUAUAUUUGGCCACUUGGAACUGGACAGUAUUUUUCAUACAAAGUUAAAAUAGGCUCAUCAUGUUCCUUUUUGACCACUUGCCCAGUCCCCCUCUCUUCCAUAGAGACAAACUUCUAAAUAAUUUCAUCUCACCAUUUUUGUAACUUUAUUGCCAUUUCUGCAUUGGGUUUUUCUUUGAAAAAGUAUAUGAAUUUAUUUUUAUUCUAAUGCUUAAUCUGUAAAUUAUAAAAUUAAGCAUGUAUCUAUCUGCCCUAUACAGUUGACCUUUGAACAACAAGGGUUUGAACUGCUUGGGCCCACUUAUGUGGAUUUUUAAAAAUAAAUACUGUAAAUGUAUUUUCUUUAUGGUUUUCUUAAUAUCUUCUCUAGCUGUAUUGUAAGAAUAUAGUAUAUAACAUAAAAUAUGUGUUAAUUGACCGUUUGUGUUAAUGGUAAGUCUUCCUGUGAACAUUAAGCUAUUAGUAGUUGAGUUUUUGGAGUCAAAAGUUAAAUGUGGAUUUUUGACUGUUUGAAGAGUUGGCAUCCCAGCCCCCCUGCUCAAGGGUCAUUUGUACUUUGUAACUUGAUUUGUCUUUAUUCUUAAACAUGUCUCUUAAUAGUAUAUUUCUCCAAAGUAAAUACCUAACGGAAUGCCA